CAUCGCAAUAGCAAAUCCUCCCUAACAUAUUUAUGAUUCCUUGCGACCGUUGGUCCUGACUACUUCUUCUCGCUACUAGGGCUUCCUGUGCGAUAGUUUUUGACGUCUGGUGCAACCUCCCACUCCCCACGCGCACAACCCACUUUCUAUACCCCGCUUCACCUCUACCAGAGAGAGAGAGAGAGAGAGUAAUAUACUCCUCAGCUUCACUCAAACGUCCACCGGUCUCAAUCCCAUCCCCACCCUCGAAAUUCACAAUGCCCGGCUCCGUCGACCAAGAAAACGACCAGUCCAUGAUGGACGCCGCCCCGGAGCAACAGCACGAGCAGGAAGACGUCCUCGAGUUGGAAGAUAAGCGCAUUGUCGUCUUACCCGGAGCCACCGAAACCGCCGCAUCAUUCCAGUUCGAUGGAGAGGGACACACCCUGGGUAAUGCGCUACGAUACGCGAUCAUGAAGAACCCCCAAGUUGAAUUCUGCGGUUAUACCAUCCCUCACCCUUCAGAGACGAAGAUGAACCUGAGAAUCCAGACUUAUGAUACGACAACGGCCGUCGAAGCCCUGGAGAAGGGUCUGGAUACCCUGAUGGACCUGUGCGAUGUCGUCACGGACAAGUUCACCGUUGCGCGCGAUGAGUUCAACGCGUCCAAGGUUGAUCGCAUGGAGUCGUAGAUCCGUCCUUUUUGUUGUUUUCCUUGUAAAUCUUUUGGGAUUAGUUGGUCUUUCAUCUUGGCGUUGUAUUUAGAGAAAAGUUUGCAUGAUUUAGGUUGUCAUAAU